UUUACACCGCCUUGCCACUUCCUCUUUACGGAUCAGGUGAAAAUUGAAAGCGUGGCCAUCAUGCGUUAUAUAGCGAUUCAGUACAACCUCUCCGAGCACUGGUACCCACGGGCUGACGCGCGCCCAAGCCCGCGUCGACGAGUUCCUAAUUGGCAACACCUUUGUGUUCGUAAGCAUUGCGCGGAGCUCUUUGUUACUUUUUUCCGGAGCAAAAUACCCGUGGGUCGUUUCACAAAACAGCCGCUUGAUCAGCAAAAGAUCCAGGCAGCACGCGAGGAGAUCGCAAAGUCCGUCACGCACAUCGCUGACUACUUUCUCAACGGCAAACCCCUCAAAGCAGGCGAUAACACCUCCGCCGCAGACGUUCUCGGCGUCUGUGAAAUGGUGCAGAUUGCCGCAGUUGGAGAGGAGGCCCUUUAUGCGAACAACGAGGUCGUAGUUGCGUGGGUGGAAAGAGUCAAGUCCAAACUGCAACCGCAUUAUGAUGAGUGCGUAGGAAAACUAGAUGGUGUAAAGAAAAUGUAUGAGAAUGCUAAGGAAUAAGGAAUGUUCAUACGUACGGUACAAUCCCUUUCUGGCAAUCUAUAUACCUCCCAUAUUGUUUUUAAGUGUUCUUAUAUGAAUGUUUUUGAGCAAUCUUGGUACAAUUCAAUAAAAAAAAGCAUCUUAUUAAUUACAUAAAAAUUAUUUACAUUUAACUUUGAAUGUGAACCUUAUCUUAUUUUUUUUCCAAACAAAUUGCGAAAAUGUCUUUCAAAACUACGAUUAUCGUCUUUUAAAUUAGCCACUGAAACAUGCAUAGCUAUCAAUAUAGAAAAUGUAAUGUCAGAGAUAUUGAAGACAACUAGCAUCAUUCAUGAGAAGUCCAGCCUACCAUUCACUUCGGAACGAAUAAAUCAAAGCCUACUAUUAUAAAAGACAAAGCAUGAUUAAAUUUGUUGACAAACAUGUAAGAAACUGGAGCAAGUUCAAAUAUAGAGCCUAAACGUAGCCCCAAUCUUGAUAUAGUUGUUAAAGUAUUAAGUAAUUAGUUAAUUUUCGUCUUAUAGUGUUACUUUAUAUCAAUUUGUCUUGUAUAACGUUCUAAUACAUGCACUAUGUGUAUGGUUUUCAUUCACCAUAUGUAUAUGUACAAGUUCUUAUCAAAUUCGUUUUAUUGAUCAUCUGUAUAUGUUAGUCUUGCAAAACUUAAAUAGUUAAGUUACAUAUAUUGUUAUUCGUAACAAAAUAAAUUUUUGUACAAUUAAAUAUUUAAACUAUUUAUUUUGUACUAUAAAUUUAAAAAAAAAUCAUUUAGAGCCUUAAUGCAUGUUACAAUUUUAGUAAUCCCUGCCACAAUUGUUUAAAGUUAUUCAAAUUUUGACUUAUAAGCUUGUCUUGAUCUUAGUUCUUUUUCAUAUCAACACGUCUUUUAAACGUUUAAUAACUGUACAGUGUGUAUGGUUUUCAUCCUCCUAAAUGUUUGUAAGAGUAAAUAAUUUAAUUCAUUCUAUUAAUUAUCUGUAUAUUUUAGUCUAGGAAAAUACAGUCUGUCGGGUUAAUUAUAUCAGAUCAAAGCAUAACGAAUCGUUUUCGUUGUCGCAUGUCUUCACCACUGAAGUUGUAGCUGAUCUUAUGCUGCUUUUCCUUCACAACAACGGCACUGUGUUAAACGUAAAUCAAGUCGACAGUGUGACGAGCAAGAUAACAUUCAUUGGGGAACAUUAUCGGAAAAAUCAUCGAUUAAAUUGUGCUAUGGUAAAUUGAAUACGAAUAGCAUAAAAAUUAUAUUAUUUCUGGUUGCAAUGGGCUUUAUAAGCAUACAUUAUGCUUUUGGAUCGUUUCAUUUUAUUUGCACUAGGAUCAUUUGUUCAAGUGUGUCACGAUUUUAAUAAGACCCUAACAGUAUACUUAGUGAGGAACGCCAGUCUGUUUCUGGUGUUUGACUGACUCAUAAAGAGAUCAUAAAGAGAGGUCUUUGUUUGACAACAAUUUCCAGUGGUUUAAUAAGUAAACACAUAACUUUGAGCGUUAACUACUCUCGAUAUUAUUGGUUCUCCGUCCUCUGAAUAAAUAGUUCAAAAUGUCACGUCACAUUUGAUUAAACGUAUCUUGCGUCAUGCCUUGCCACAACAUGCUUUCUGUCUUUUUCGUGUGGAUGUUUUCAAUAUCAAUGUCCAAACCAACAUUAUAAAGGUUAAGUAAAUUUUAAUGUACAGAAUUAUGCUGCUUUUGAAAUAGCUAAUAACUGGCGCCCUAAACAAUCGGAUUGUGCGCAAUAAUGCUAAAUGAAUAUCGAAAAUCCUCACACUGACGCCGAGAUAUCUUUUUUAAUGUGCGUAGUCUAUAAUCUGUUUAUUGAUAUUCAUUUAUACAUAAUUUAUAAAGAAGUAUUGUUUGUAUUCAAGAUCAAACAACACUUAUGUAUAUGUUUAUUUAAACAUUUUAGUGGGACCGGUUCACAA